AUGGACCCUAACCUGAACGGCCGAAGGCGUGCUUUUAAAAAAUCUUCGCCUGAGGCACUCCUCUCCCUGCUUAAUGUGUUAUUCAUAAAGCGGAUAUUUUCAAAAAGAACCCAUUGCUGUUUCCAGGGUUUCCCUGACUAUAUGGCCAACAAAGAAAUCCUGAAGAACCUUCGCACCACUACCAAUGAUGACGUUUCGCCCUUCCUGCACCAGUAUGCGCGUGCCGCCGGUCAUCCCCGCUUUGUGAACGCUCUGGCAAAACUGUUAGAACACCGUGUACGCCACGACCCCGCGGUGUUCUCAGUGGAGGAGCUGAAGAAAAUCGCUGACAUUUGUAUUCGUCACAAUCUGAUUUGCCUCGCCGACGAGGUCUACGAGUGGUUGGUUUUUCCUCCAAAAAAGCAUUACAAAAUCGUAACUGGCUGGAAGAUUGGUUGGACAGUCGGCCCCGAACGUUACAUUAGUGCUAUGCAAAUAAUACAACAGAACACCGUUUAUACCUGCGCCACCCCAUUGCAGGUGAGCAGUACUAUUCACUCACACGCAGGGCUGUUAUACUGUUUCCUGUUUGCGAUGCGUCUUCAACACUGGGUGUUUUUUCAUUGCCUAUCUGUUUUGUUUUUUCCACAGGAAGCACUUGCUAUAACCAUUGAGCAUGAGCUGCCGCUGCUUGGCACUGAGAAGAGUUUCUUCCACCAGAUAACACAGGAUAUUAUGCGGAAAAGCCAGCGAAUUGCGGACGCGCUAAAGAAAGUCGGAAUGCCAGCCAUUAUUCCGCAGGCUGGCUACUUCCUGUUGGCUAGCAUUGAAAAAAUGCCUCUGCCGGAGAAUUCGACGCAGUCUGGGGAAAAGCAAACGAAGGACGUUGCUUUCAACGAGUGGAUGAUGAUAAAUAAGGGCGUUGCUGCGGUGCCACCCACUGUGUUUUGUUGCCAAAAGCAUCAACAGCUCUUCGAGAAUUACCUCCGCUUCUGUAUAAUAAAGGAUGACGCUACGAUUGACAAAUUUGUUGAACGGCUGAAUAAUUGGUAG